AUGUUUAGUAUCGGCCGGCGUACGCGCAGUUAACGCGCGAUCCUUGAACGAGAAUCUAGUGACAAUGAUAUGAUUAUACUCGGACAACGUUGCGUAUUUUUUAUAUUAGUAGUUUUAUCAAGGGAUUGUAGAGGACGUGUGUGUGGUAGUGAGUGAUACAAAAAAGAACAUGCUGUAAAGUGGUUUUUAGUGAAUUAUUGGUUGACUUUUUUUGUAUUCUCAUUUUUUAGAGGUCAUAAGCACUAAGGCAUCAUAAUGUUUGAGUGCUUCUUAGAAAUCGGCUUUGAGGCCGAACUAAACACCAAAGAAAACCCAGAGUUAAUGGAGUUGGCAUAUGAACAGUGCAAAGAGAAUCUGGCUACCAGGGCGGUAGCGAUCAUAGAGCUUAGGCAAAUGAUAUUUGAUAGGGGUGAAUGCCAUCCUUUAAGAACCGACGAUGAAUACCUGCUAAGGUUUCUUCGAGCGAGAGAAUUCAUUGUACCAAGAGCACAUAAACUGUUGGUUCGAUACUGCACGUUCAGGGCGGAGAACAAGCAUCUCUAUGAAGGAGUAGACCUAUGGGACCUCAUCAAGGUGAAGGAUGCGUAUGAAGGCACCAUGCUGGACCGACCAGAUACUGGGAGACUAUCCGUCUUCAGAUUCGGUCGUUGGGACCCAAGUGAGUACCCUGUGGAAGACCUUUUACGCGCUGGUAUGGCGAUGACGGAGAUCGGUAUCAGACAGCCGAAGCUGCAAAUCCUGGCUGGCACUGUGAUCGUGGACCUUGAGGGGCUUACGUUACGACAUGUUGCGGCCCUAACUCCGACUGUGGCAUACCAGAUUGUGUGUCUUAUGGGAAUAGCAAUGCCAGCGCGCCUCAAAGGAGUCCACAUCAUCAACUACUCCUGGAUCCUGAACACCUUCUUCUAUAUCUUCAAGAAGUUCAUUCCGCAGCAUGCUUGGCAGUACAUUCACUUUCAUGGCAAUGACCUCAAAUCCCUCCGAAAACAUCUAGAUUUGGAGUGUCUCCCUCCCAGAUUCGGAGGAAAGUGUAGGGCUGGCGCAAACUUUGGAGUCUGGCUGUCAAAGAUAAAGAAAUACAGAGACGAACAAUUUGAUAAGGAAAUGAAACAAUUGGGUUAUGUUAUCAAAGAGUAAUUAUGUCGUGGAAACUUUAAUUGACACUUGAUUGAUCACUUUAAAUGGACUGAUAGAUUAUAGUCUCUUCACGUCACGUUUAUGAUUAAAAUUGUACAGUAAAUAGUUAAUAAACUAUUCAUAAACAAGUCAAUAUCUUAAAGCUAGAUGAAGUCAGAUUUUCUGAUGGACCUUACGGAAAAUACCUAUAAAACAUUCAGUGUAACUUGUUUUAAUUAAACUAUAAUGUUUUAUUACAUUGAGAAACUCUUCAAGAGUGUAUGAUAUUUCAAAUCAGUGCCAUCUUAAGUCUUGUCAAUGAACAAAAUAGUGGAACACAAAAAUAUUUAUCAUGUUUUAUUGUUUUCAUUGUAAUUUUGUUCGUAAUACUAAGCUAAUUGAAUUCACAUUCCAUUGCUAUAGGUUUGUGGUUAAGAUCAAUUUUAUGAACUAAAUUUUACAAAUAUGACAAUAAUUCAAAUGUCCUAUAUUUGCAUUUAGAUAUGUUUUUAAUAUUGGGAAUGUAAAUAAAUAUAUAGAAUUAGAUUAAGAACUAAGUUUUGGUGAUAGAAAUUAAUAAAUUUUAGAUUUUUUAGUAUGUUAAGCAUCUGUAAGAUUCAGUCAAUUAUACAUUAAUUUACUUAUUUUUUUGUAACAUUUUAACAAAUACCAACUUUUAUAAAGAAGAAGUAAGAUCUAGUGCAUAAAUGUGAUCUUUUAGAAAGUUUCUACAAUAAUCGUCCAAGUCAACAAUUCAAAUUAGAUAAAUUUAAAAAUUGAAUUCUGUCACCAUGGGGCGAACACGACGAUACGGAGUUGUUAAAGUAAUCAAGAUACUAAAUUGAUGUUACAGAUAUUAGAAAGAAAUGCUCAAAUAUAAAAUAAGAGAAAAUAGUUUUAUGUUCUUCAACUCAAAUGAGUUGAAUUAAAUAAUGAAAGUUUUCGUUUCGUCUAACGUGAGUUUUCUUACCACUGGAGGCGCAAAAACAAGUUGAGGUCUAUUAACCAAUCGAAUAUGUAUUUGCUAUCAAAUCAAUAGUCAAUAAAAUUAUUACCUACCUACACUGAUUGGCCUAACAAGACCCUAUGUCUCACUAGUGCCAUUUUAUGAGCGCCAGCAUCGAAAACUCUCAUUGCAUAAGAACGUUACUAAUCUAAAUAAUGUGCCUUAUGGUUUUAGAAAUGAGGUACUAUUUAUAAAUGUAAAUUAAUAUAAAUUUAGGUCAAAUUGCUAGAUUAAUUAUGAAAAACAUUAUUUUGUGAU